GAUUUAACGCAAUCAGAGAAAAAAAAAACUCAUGAAUGAUUUUGUAUUCUCUUGUCGUCUGCUGCGAUCUGAACAACCAAUGAAUGGGAUUUUCCAUACUCGCGCAGUCGCAACUACCUCCGCCAGAACGAAUUGAAGCAUAGCUGCUGACAUUGAGGUUUUUCGUUACGAUCAGUUAAGAUUCAUUUCCUCGUUUGUCGGAUCGACUCCGGAUUAUUUCCAGCAAGACGCUAGACAGUGCCUGACUACUUCGGAAAGAUAAUGUCGGACACAGCUGGAAAGGUUAUCAAAUGCAAAGCUGCGGUAGCAUGGAAGCAAAAGGAGUCUUUAUCCUUGGAAGAAAUUGAGGUAGCACCGCCUAAAGCACAUGAAGUCCGAAUCAAAGUGGUAGCUGUAGCACUUUGUCAUACAGAUGCUUAUACUCUAGAUGGAUUGGAUCCAGAAGGAGUAUUUCCUUGUAUACUUGGUCAUGAAGGCAGUGGUAUCGUAGAAAGUGUCGGAGAGGGUGUCACCGAAUUUCAGCCUGGCGAUCAUGUUGUACCACUUUAUAUUCCUCAAUGUGGAGAUUGUAAAUUCUGUAAAUCACCGAAAACAAAUUUAUGCAGCAAAAUCCGUGAAACUCAGGGUAAGGGUUUAAUGCCCGAUGGCACGUCUCGUUUUACAUGUAAGGGACAAACACUCGCACACUUUAUGGGUUGCUCCACCUUCUCUGAAUAUACAGUUGUAGCUGAUAUUUCUCUCGCAAAGAUUAAUCCUAAAGCACCAUUGGACAAGGUAUGCUUGUUGGGUUGUGGAAUAUCUACAGGUUAUGGUGCAGCUUUAAAUACUGCCAAAGUAGAACCAGGAAGCACUUGUGCUAUAUGGGGUUUAGGAGCUGUUGGUCUUGCAGCAAUCUUUGGUUGCAAGAAAUCUGGUGCAUCUCGUAUUAUUGGGAUAGAUGUCAAUGCGGCCAAAUUUGAGCAAGCUAAAACUUUUGGCUGCACAGAAUUUGUUAAUCCCAAGAAUUAUGAUAAACCCAUUCAGCAGGUAUUAAUUGAAAUGACUGAUGGUGGAUUAGAUUAUACUUUCGAAUGCGUUGGAAAUGUAAAUACUAUGAGAGCUGCAUUAGAAUCCUGCCACAAAGGAUGGGGUACAUCAGUAAUAAUAGGAGUAGCCGCAGCUGGCCAAGAAAUCAGUACUAGACCAUUCCAGUUGGUCACAGGACGAGUAUGGAAAGGGACCGCGUUUGGUGGAUGGAAAUCAAAGCAAAGCGUGCCGAAAUUGGUGGAGCAAUAUCUGUCAAAAGAAUUGAUUCUCGAUGAAUUUAUUACACAUAAUCUUCCAUUUGAAAAAAUCAAUGAAGGUUUUAAUAUAUUGCAUUCAGGAAACUGUUUGAGAGCCGUCCUUAAAUAUUAAAAACGUUUUUUUAUCUUGUACUGCAAAAAAUACGGCCUACUGAGAAUCGGUGUCUUCCACAAUUUAUUAAAAAGUGCUUUAUAUAAGAUGUACAUGCCCAUAUAAAUGUCAUACUACCCCAUUUCUGUUUGUUACAAAUUUGUAUUGAAUCUCUGGAAAUGAAAGAUGGUAAAUAAACUUUAUAUUUACUAUAUCAUGCUCUCAACAAGAACAUCUCCCCGAUUUCUACAACAAUCUUUAUUCAUAAAGAAUUCUUACAGCCACAUGUACAAUACCGAUUAAGUAAGAUAUUUACGGUAGCUCUUGAAUGAAGUAAAAAUUCUUUACGCUUUGAUCAAGUGCAUACCUUACAAAAAUCAUCAUGGUACGAAGAUCACUGACGAUGAUUUUCAUUGUAUAUAAUCAUAUAUAUACAAUAUGCAAGACUCGAUAAAACUAUUUUACGUUCGCUUGUAGUUAUAUUAAUUAGUCUAGGUCGACAGUACAAUAAGUCAGGCGGAAUGCAAAUUGCGCUCGAUGCAGGAAGGAAUAUGCGUUAGCUCAUUGCGGACGAUGUCGUUUAUCAGUUAAAUAUGUAGAUAUAUUUUUUAAAGUGUCAUCUACAUACUUUAAUGCGCAAGUUUAACACGCCAUGUCCAUUAAGGCAAGACAUUAUGGAUGAAUUGACAAAAUGAUAUUAAGUUAUUCUUUGAAUAAAAAUAAAAUAUAAAAAUACACAAUUUGUUACAAAACUCGAUGAAAUCACAAAGAUUGCCGUGCAAUCACGAGCCAUCGAAAUAAAACGCAUUGAUAGAAAAAACAAAGAUCAAAUGUACAUUCUGUUUGACGUGUUU